AUGGCGGAAGGCAGCAGCCACCCCCGACCCGACGGUGAUCGGAGUCUUGAAGCCCUUUGGGAAACUCACCGACAAACGUCGAAGCAGCUUGAGGAGCUGAUGACUACCUUCGGCCGAUUUGCAGAAGAGAUGCGGAACGAGCUUCGUCAAAUAAGGGUAGCUACUAAUCCAGGAGCUAGGCCAUUCGUUCCGGCAGCCAUACCGGAACAGAGACCACCCGUCAGACAAGGCGCGAUGCAUAGACGAGCCCCUGUCACGAUUCCUGAAUACUCGGGGUCGGAUGAGGAAGAGGUACCCAGGCAGGAACACUCCGAUUCUGAAGGAGAAAUUUUCUUCCCGCAACAAACCAGAGGACGGCGGCACCAUAUGCAGCGGAAUGAAUCCGAGGGAUUCCGUAUAAAACUAGAUAUUCCCUUCUUCGAUGGCAGGCUUCAUGUCGAGGAUUAUCUUGAUUGGGAAAGCGCUGUAGAAAAUUUCUUUGAUUAUAUGGAAGUCAAUCCGGAGAAGCAGGUUAAGUAUGUGGCGUGCCGACUCAAGGGAGGAGCUACUGCGUGGUGGUCGCAGCUCCUUCAAAAUAGACAGUGGGAAGGUAAGAGUCCAAUACGUAGUUGGGUUCGAAUGAAACAGCUCAUGAGGCGGCACUUCUUACCCACCGAUUUUGAGCAGCUCCUCUAUCUACAAUAUCAGCAUUGUCGGCAGGGACAGCGAUCAGUCAGUGAGUACACUGAGGAGUUUUACAGAUUAAGUGCCCGGAACAAUCUGAUGGAGUCGGAGAACCAGUUGGUAGCACGCUAUAUCGGGGGACUGAAGGAAAAUCUGCAAGACAAGCUCGAACUCAAUUCCGUAUGGUCUCUUUCGCAAGCGGUAAACUUCGCGCUUAAGGCGGAGGCUCAAAGCCAACGUCAGUUUCGUUCCCAUGCUUCUCGCAGAACAGUUACAGAUGGAAAUAUGGGAACCUCUCGAGCAACAACACCUCCGACUAAGCCGCAACCCACUGCACCAGCUGCCCCGAGCAAUGUAGCAUCGGAAGUUAAGGGAGUUUUAAGGCCGAGAGCCUCCAUCCGAGAAAAUCCUUAUGCUAAACCCAAUGUCAUCAAAUGUUUUAGGUAUUUACAGCCCGGGCAUAAGUCGAAUGAAUGUCCAUCGCGUCACCAAGUUCAACUAGCUGAAGGAGAAGAUGAAGCAGAUUUUGCCGGAAUUCUUGAUGAAGUUGAUGAUGGAAUCGAAGAAAUUAGAGCUGAUGAAGGAGAACCGGUUCUUGGGGUCAUGGAGAAGGUGCUCUUGUCGCCACGGAAACCUGUCGAGACCCAACGACACUAUUUAUUCCGCUCCAAGUGCACCAUAAACGACAAGGUUUGCGAUUUGGUGAUUGAUAGCGGGUGCACCGAGAAUAUUAUCUCGAAGGCGGCUGUUCAAGCUCUACAACUCAAAACAACUAAACACCCGAAUGCCUUCAAGAUUGGGUGGGUUAAGAAAGGAGUUGACUUCCUCGUAUCCGAGCUAUGCAAGGUGUCAUUUUCUAUUGGCAAGAAAUAUUUAUGUCAAGUUACUUGUGAUGUCCUCGAGAUGGACGUAUGCCACCUCAUUCUGGGAAGACCGUGGCAGUAUGAUGUUGGUGCAAUACACGACGGCCGAGCAAACACUUACACUGUGGAUUUUAAUGGGAGGAAACUGAAGUUAAUGCCCGCUAGUCAAACCCAAGGUGGAGUCCCAACCAGCCUUGCAUCAGCUUGCAUUGUCGCGGGGCGUGAACUGUUCCAGCUCAAAGGAACAGGGUGUCCAGUGUUCGCCUUAGUUACAAGUGACAUACAACAACCAAAGUUUACUCUCUUACACCCAGACAUUCGGCACUUAAUUGAUUCAUUCCAGGACAUUACUUCUGCUGAAUUACCUCCUAGUCUCCCGCCUGUCCGAGACGUUCAGCAUCAGAUUGAAUUACUUCCAGGCGCAGUUCUCCCCAAUCUACCAUAUUACCGCAUGAGCCCCCGUGAACACGCGAUCCUUCAGAAAAUAGUGCAAGAGUUGCUGGACAAGCAGUUCAUACAGCCGAGUUUGAGUCCGUGUGCCGUACCAGCUCUCAUUGUGCCAAAGAAAGAUGGUCAAUGGCGUCUGUGCAUUGACAGUAGAGCCAUCAAUCGCAUUACCAUUAAAUACAGGUUCCCGAUACCGAGGAUCACUGACCUGCUGGACAAGCUCUCGGGCUCUUCCAUCUUCUCGAAAUUAGAUUUGAGAAGUGGAUACCAUCAGAUUCGCAUAAGGCCGGGAGAUGAAUGGAAGACUGCCUUCAAGACUGUCGAAGGACUGUUCGAGUGGAAGGUCAUGCCCUUCGGUCUUUGCAACGCUCCAUCUACUUUCAUGAGACUCAUGCAUGAAGUCUUGAAACCAUAUUUGGGUCAGUUUUGUUUAGUUUACUUUGAUGAUAUUUUGAUAUUCAGCUCGUCUCAUGAACAACAUGUUGCUCACCUCAAAUCUGUCUUAGAAAUAUUACGGGAUAAUCAACUCUUCCUUAAUCUAGCCAAAUGCGAAUUUGCUGUUGCUAGUGUCCGUUUCCUGGGAUUUGUUUUGACUGCUGCCGGUGUUAUGACCGAUCCAACAAAAAUCGCAGCUAUCCAGGAUUGGUCGCAGCCAACGUCUCUUACAGACGUGCGUAGCUUCCAUGGGCUCGCCAAUUAUUACCGUCGAUUCAUCAAGGGCUUCAGCAGUAUCAUGGCCCCGAUUACAAAUUGUUUGAAAUCGGCCGUCUUUGCUUGGACCCCGGCGCAGCAAAGGAGUUUUGAACGGAUCAAGGCUACUCUCUGUUCAGCUCCGGUCUUGCUGGCUCAGUUUGCAAUAUGA